UUUGCCCUGCUUUAAGUUGCUGUGGAGGUGUUUUAAAAAUUGUGGAGGACAGUCUGCAUCAGAAGAGCUCUCUUCAUCUCUGGUUGUGUGGCAACCACAAUCUGUCCUCGAUGCCUUCAGCCUUGGCCAUCUUCACUUGCCGCCCGAACUCCCACCCGUUUCAGGAGCGUCAUGUCUACCUGGACGAGCCUGUCAAGAUCGGCCGCUCCGUGGCUCGCUGCCGGCCAGCCCAGAACAAUGCCACGUUUGACUGCAAGGUGCUGUCCAGGAACCAUGCUCUUGUCUGGUUUGAUCACAAGACAGGCAAGUUCUAUCUUCAAGACACUAAAAGUAGUAAUGGUACCUUCAUUAAUAGUCAGAGACUUAGUAGAGGAUCUGAGGAAAGCCCACCAUGUGAAAUUAUGUCAGGUGACAUCAUCCAGUUUGGUGUAGAUGUGACGGAGAACACGCGGAAAGGUAAGGUUACCCAUGGAUGUAUAGUCUCCACAAUCAAACUGUUUCUUCCAGAUGGAAUGGAAGCUCGAUUGCGAUCAGAUGUUAUCCAUGCUCCAUUACCAAGUCCUGUUGAUAAGGUUGCUGCUAACACUCCCAGUAUGUAUUCUCAGGAAUUGUUUCAGCUUUCACAGUAUCUACAAGAAGCCUUACAUCGGGAACAAAUGUUGGAACAGAAGCUGGCAACCCUUCAGCGACUACUUGCUGUCACACAAGAGGCUUCAGAUACUAGUUGGCAGGCUUUAAUAGAUGAAGACAGGCUGCUAUCAAGACUAGAGGUUAUGGGAAAUCAAUUACAAGCUUGUUCAAAGAAUCAAACAGAAGACAGUAUACGAAAAGAGCUUAUAGCAUUACAGGAAGACAAACACAACUAUGAGACAACAGCCAAAGAGUCCCUGAGGCGGGUCCUUCAGGAGAAAAUUGAAGUGGUCAGAAAAUUGUCUGAAGUGGAGCGGAGUUUAAGUAAUACAGAAGAUGAAUGUACACAUCUGAAAGAAAUGAAUGAGCGGACUCAGGAAGAAUUAAGGGAAUUAGCUAAUAAGUACAAUGGAGCUGUAAAUGAAAUUAAAGAUCUUUCUGACAAGCUAAAGGUAGCCGAAGGAAGACAAGAAGAAAUCCAGCAAAAAGGACUGGCUGAGAAAAAGGAAUUGCAGCAUAAAAUAGAUGAAAUGGAAGAAAGAGAGCAAGAGCUUCAGGCAAAAAUAGAAGCUUUGCAGGCUGAUAAUGACUUCACCAAUGAGCGGCUGACUGCUUUACAAGUACGGUUAGAACACCUUCAAGAGAAAACUCUUAAAGAACACAACAGCUUAGGCAUACAAGUUGACGACUUCAUACCUAAAAUUAAUGGGAGCACAGAGAAAGAGCACUUUCUUUCAAAGAGUGGAGGGGACUGCACUUUUAUUCAUCAGUUCAUAGAAUGUCAGAACAAGAUCAUAGAUGAAGGACAUCUAACCAAAGUGGAAGAAACAAAGCUUUUGAAAGAGAACCAACCACGAGUCAAAGAAUCGAACGAUUUGUCUGACACCCUUAGCCCAAGCAAGGAAAAGAGCAGUGACGACACUACAGAUGCUCAAAUGGAUGACCAAGAUCUAAAUGAACCUAUUGUCAAAGUAGCUCUUCUAAAAGAUGAAUUGCAGGGUGCACAAUCAGAGUCUGGGGCUAAGCAAGAAAUUCAGCAACUGCACAAGGAUCUGAUUGAAGCCCAAGAGCUAGCUAGGACAAGUAAACAAAAAUGCUUUGAACUUCAAGCUCUCUUGGAAGAAGAGAGAAAAGCAUAUCGAGUGCAAGUUGAAGAAUCCAACAAGCAAAUAAAUGCUCUGCAAGCUCAGUUGCGAAGGUUACAAGAAGAAAUUGAGACUCUUCGUAAGGAAAAAGAGAAUGAAAUUUCAAGCACUCGAAAUGAACUAGUCAGUGCUCAAAAUGAGAUUCUGUCACUUCAAAAAGUAGCAGAAAAAGCAGCAUCAGAACGAGACACAGAUAUUUCUGCAUUGCAAACCGAGCUGCAGACGGUGCGAGCGGAGCUCGAACGGUGGAGGAAAGAUGCCUCGGAUUAUGAAAAAGAAGUUGUCAAUCUGCAAGCCAGUUUUCAGCUCAAGUGCCAGCAGUGUGAGCAGCAGCAGCAGGAGGAGGCCUCUCGCCUAAAAGCUGAACUUGAAAAGUUGAAGGCAGAGUGGAUUGCUCUGGAAGCUGAAUGUGUUAAACUGAGGAAGGAAAAUACUUCACUUACAUCUGAACUUCAGCGACAAGAGAAGGAGCUUUCUAGCUCUCAGAAACAGAGUUUAGCACUAACCAGCGAUAUAAGUGUUCUUGAAAUGUCUCGAAAGGAACUUGAAAAUCAGAUGGGAUCUUUGAGAGAAAAGCAUCAACGGGAUGCAGCCAGUCUAAAAACACAACUCAGUGAAGCUGAGAGUCAAGCAAAAGAUUUUCAGAAAGAGUAUGAAAGAACACAGACUGUGCUCUCUGAGCUGAAGGCAAAGUUUGAGGUGGCUGAACAGCAAAACCAGUCACUCACUGAAGAGCUCAAACAGUGUAAAGAAAACCUGAAGCUGCUACAAGAAAAAGGAAACAAUAGACAAUGGCCUUGGAUGCCUGUGAUGGCAGCUUUGGUUGCUGUAACAGCCGUGGUGCUGUACCCAGGCCUAACCAGAGCUUCUCCAUGAGAACUGUUGUUGAAUCCAUACACCGUCCUCCCUUUAGAAGCUGGCAACAUUCAUAUACUGAGGGAAAACAGAUUAAUUCUCUUCCUUUUUACCUCUUAAUACAGCACAGCUCUGCGUGAGAACAGCAGUAGGGUCAUUUGCUUUAAAUUGUAUAAAAUGUAUCUGUCUAUAAAGAGGGAAUAAAAUUGUGAUUCAUCAUAUUGUGAGCAAUAUUUUUGCUUACAACUUCAUGCAAGUUUUAAAUUAGUGUGUUGGGAUUCUGAAUAGUAUAAUGGUGGCCUAAAGCAGGCUUCUUGGUACCAAAUUAUUUAUAAUGGCUAGGGUUGUGGACACUGACUUUUAGAAUCUGAUUGCAAGACUUAAGAGGAAAAUACUGGUUUAGAUAUCCAAGCCAAGUAACCUUGCAGAUACUUGGGAAACAGAUGCAGUGUGCUCAGUGCCUUUCAGUAUGAUCUAUUUUUUUUUUUUUAACUAGUGUAUCAUUUUACUUGCUGUUAGUCACUGAGCUGUUGGGAACAAGACUAAAGAAAACUUCUCUUACCACGCCUUUCGAAGGAAGCAUAUUUUUCUUUCACAAGGAUUGCUUUAUUAAUGGGUUUUGGGAAUAAACACAAUUCAUGUCCAGCCUUAAAGAGAUAGAGAUACUGAUGGUGAAGACCAGCCUAAAGUAUUUAGCGUGCGCGUGUGCGAGUGUAAGCAUGUGUGUGUUCUAGAGUGAACUAAGGUGUUUCUGGGAGCAAGUACUUGGUCAUUUGAUGGACAUAGUGCAUUGAUUCAACUUACAUUAACUUUAGUUUGAAUGUAAUUUAUUAAAUUUCAUAUAUUUAAAGAGAUACGUUCUUUAAAAGUAUGAAUACCUUCUCACAUAUCACAUCUAUCAGUUUAUUUUUUCAGUCAUUUGAUACUUUCUGACUUGAGCUGGAGAAGCUCUUUAGAAUAAGCUUUUGUGGACGUAACUUUAUUAAGAGAACUGCUACAGUACGUCUGUGAUCAGCUGAGAAAAAUCUAGAUACAUAAAAUACUACGAAAUUGGAAUCAUACCUGAUGAAGUAUUGUCAGGUGAAGAUGAUUUUAAUUUGGUAGUAAAAUUUUGUGGCUCCUUAUCACAUGGCUGUAAGUAUGAUGCAGUGGUCCCCAUUACAAAGUUUAUUUUCUUUAUCUAAGUACUAUAACUAUUGCUAUUUGCUGACUUUGGUGGGAAUCACUGUAGUUAGUGCUGAAUUAAAUGUAGACAGUAGUUGUCUUGUUCAGCUCAACAGUUCUGUCGAAAAAGUUUAUUGAAAACUUAAUAUGUUAAAGAAUGGUAAAGUAAAAUGGCUCUGCUACAGGAAACUUCAAGAGGGAGGUAAUCUCAGCAAUUCAAUUGGCUUUAAAGAACGUUAUGGCAAUCAACAGUUUAAAUAUUUAAAUAGAGAUUUAGUAUAUAAUUUACUUUGUGAGGUUUUAAGGGUCAUUGUCCUUUAAUUAAAGGUUCUAUCUUAAGUUACAUGGGAUUUGCUAAUGGGAGGAUUGUUAGUUGGAGAAAAUAGUCCACAAGUGACUUGUAGAAAAUAACUAUUGUCAUUUAGUUCAUUCAUUUCAUCCUUUUCAUCCUUUUCAGUUGCAAGAAGCCACCCAACCACAGAACACUCGUAUGCCAGUGGUACUUAGUACCUCUUGUAUAUAGGUUAUUGCAAAUAUUGUUCUGAAAUGCUUAACUUCAGAAUUACAUUUUUUUAAGUAAUUAAUUGUUUUAAAUCUAUUUUGUAAAGAUAUAAAAAUACAAUAGAAUUUCUGGAGUACAGAUUAAACUAUUUGCACUAACACACGUGAUGUGCAUGAUUUAAUAAAAUAACUUUACUCUCCCUA